CUGCUCGCCGGAGCUCGAAUCGGAUGCGUAGAUCAAUUGUGACUCCGAUUGCAUAUAAAGCGAAGGGAUUUCUUCAUCGGCAUCUCGGUAACCAUGGAGCUUCUCUCUCGAGACGAGCUUUUUCUGGUGGUGCUAGUGACUACCGAGACAAGCUGAGAAGUGGGCUGAGUUUUGAAGAUGCGCUUGAUUUGUUCUGCUAUAUGUCUCAAUCUCAACCCGUUCCUUCCAUUGUUGAUUUCAGCAGAUUACUGACUGCAAUCGCCAAGAUGAAAAGGUAUGACGCUGUGAUCAAUCUCUCCCAGAAGAUGGAAAUGAUUGGAAUUUCACACGAUCUCUAUAGCUUCACCAUUUUAAUCGAUUGUUCCUGUCGAUGCUCUCAACUCUCUCUUGCUCUAUCUCUUGUUGGAAAGAUGAUGAAACUCGGGUUUGAGCCCAGCAUUGUCACACUUGGCUCUCUGCUCAGUGGAUUCUGUCGCUGGAAUCGAUUUCACGACGCCGUCUCUCUCGUUGAUACCAUGGCCAAAUCGGGAUAUGAGCCUAAUGUCUUCAUCUACAACACUGUCAUUAAUGGCCUUUGCAAGACCAGCAAUGUGGAUUCUGCGUUGGAUCUUUACAACCAAAUGGAAGUGGAAGCAGAUGUUGUUACCUACAACACCCUCAUAACCGGCCUUUGCAAUUCUGGUAGAUGGAGCGACGCUGCUCGACUACUCAGAGAUAUGCAAACGAGGAGGAUUGACCUCGAUGUAAUCACUUUCACUGCACUGAUCCAUUCCUUUUUGAAAGAAGGCAGCCUUUUAGAGGCUUAUGAGUUGUACAGGGAGAUGAUCAGAAGCUCUAUCGAUCCUAAUACCGUCACCUACAACUCACUGAUCAAUGGGUUUUGCAUGCACGGCCGCCUUUAUCAAGCCAGGAAAACGUUUGAUUCCAUGGUAACCAAGGGCUGUUUCCGGAAUGUGGUGACAUAUAAUACUCUCAUACACGGGUUUUGUAAGGCCAAGAGAGUAGACGACGGGCUGGAACUAUUUCACAGGAUGCGUUGUGCAGGAUUUGAGGGGGACACAAUCACUUACAAUACUCUUAUCCACGGUUAUUGUCAGGCGGGUAAACUCGAAGCUGCGCAACGAAUUUACGGCUUGAUGGUUUCUUGUGGCGUGGUGAGUCCUGAUUUUGUGACGCACUGCAUUUUGUUACACGGUCUUUGUGUGAACGGGGAGAUAGAGAAAGCGAUGGUGAAAUUCGAGGAUAUGAAAAGAAGCGAAAAGUAUCUUGGUAUUGUUGCAUAUAACAUCAUGAUUCAUGGGUUGUGCAAGAUGGGUAAAGUGGAGGAAGCCUGGGAAUUGUUUUGUAGACUCCCUUCAGGAGGAGUGGAGCCUGAUGCUAGAACAUACACUACAAUGAUAUUAGGAUUGUGUAAGAACGGGCCAAGGCGUGAAGCGGAUGAGCUGUUUAGAAGAAUGAAAGAGGAUGGGAUUAUAUGCCGAUUGAAUGCAGAACAAGUCCAUGUAGAGAAGACUGAGAUAUUCCCACAUGAAAACGUCGUCGUUUCGAUAACGAUACCGUAUUCAGUAUUCAGUAUUCAGUAUUCAGUAUUCAGUAUUCAGUAUUCAGUAUUAAGAUUCAGAUACCUCCCUCGUUGCCGGAGCAGUGGUUCGUCGUUGGUUGAGUUCUUCCCACAGUCAAAUUUUUGGAUGCCGAGAUCUAUUGCGAUUGCGACUGCGUCAACGGCGAAGGGGUUUCUUCGCCGGCGAUUUCGAGAUAGAGGUAAUCAUCCUGAGACUAUUCACUCGCUUUGCCUACGACAUUUUUCUGGUGCGAUUCAUUACCGAAAGAGAUUGACACGAACUUGGCUUCACUCUGUCAAGUUCGAUGAUGCUUUCGGUUUGUUCUGUGAGAUGCUUCAGUCUCGUCCCCUCCCUACCAUUGUUGAUUUCACUAGAGUUUUGACUGCAAUCGCCAAGAUGAACAAGUAUGAUAUCGUUGUCUAUCUCUGCCACAAGAUGGAGAAUCUGGGGAUCUCACACGAUCUCUAUAGCUGCACUAUCUUGAUUGAUUGUUUCUGCAGAAGCUCUCGACUCUCUCUUGCUCUGUCUGUUCUUGGAAAGAUGAUGAAGCUCGGGUUUGAGCCCAGCAUUGUCACACUUGGCUCUCUGCUCAAUGGAUUCUGUCGCAGGAACAGAUUUCACGACGCCGUUCCUCUCGUUGAUACCAUGGCCAAAUCGGGAUACGAACCCAAUGUUGUCAUCUACAACACUGUUAUUAACGGUCUUUGCAAGAACAGAGAUGCGGAUAACGCCCUCGAGCUUUUCAACCUGAUGGAGAAGAAAGGAAUCAGAGCGGAUGUUGUGACCUACAACACUCUGAUCAGUGCUCUUUGCAACUCUGGUCGAUGGAUCGAGGCUGCUCGGCUUCUGAGAGAUAUGAUGAAGAGGAAACUCGAUCUUAACGUGAUCUCUUACAGCGCAUUGAUCGACACAUUCGUGAAGCACGGGAAUCUCUUGGAAGCUAGAAACUUGUACAAGGAGAUGAUCUUCAGAUCUGUAGAUCCUAAUAUCUUCACUUACAAUUCACUCAUCAAUGGGCUUUGCAUUCAUGGUCGCCUUGGUGAGGCCAAACAAGUGUUUGAUUUGAUGGUGCACAAGGGAUGUUCUCCGGAUGUUGUGACCUACAAUACUCUCAUAAAUGGGUUUUGCAAGUCUGAGAGAGUGGAGGAUGGGAUGAGACUCUUCUGUGAGAUGGCUCAUCAAGGAUUGGUUGGAGACGUCUUCACUUACAACACUCUUAUCCACGGGUAUUGCCAAGCAGGCAAACAUACUGUUGCACAAAAGGUUUUCAAUCGGAUGGUUGAUUGUGGUGUGCCUCCUGAUAUUGUUACCUACAACAUUUUGUUAGAUUGUCUAUGUAAUAACGGCAAGGUAGAGAGAGCGCUGGUGAUGGUAGAAGAUAUCCGAAAGAGAGAACUGUAUGUUGAUAUCAUCACGUAUAACAUCAUCAUCCAAGGGAUGUGUAGAACUGGUAAGGUGAAAGAGGCUUGGUGUUUAUUUUGUAGCCUCACUCUCAAAGGAGUGAAGCCUGAUGCUAUAGCAUACAUUACAAUGAUAUCAUGGUUGUCUAGGAAAGGCCGACGGCGUGAGGCGGAUAAGCUGUGGAGAAAAAUGAAACAGGAUGGGAUUCUUAUGCCAAUUAUAUGCAUAAAUAAUGAAACACUUAGUAGAGAUCACGACACAAGCUCAUCGGCUCAACUCAUCAAUGUAAUCAACGAGUACUCAAGCCUUCUCCGCAGAUGCUCAUGACAGUACUAAAAGCAUCAAGGUCAUUGAUAUGUUAUUAUGAUGGAAAGCAUUUGGGUCCUCAAGGUUCAUUUUGCUUUGGCGUGGCAAAAGUUGGUUUGGUUCAGAGAAAGUAUCCUCGCUGCUCGUUUAUCACUUGGUUGGUAAUGCUGAAACGUCUUCCUACGAAGGAUAGGUUACGGAGUUGGAGUUUAAAUGUCUCGGGACAAUGUAUCCUUUGCUCUAACAGCAUCGAGUCACAUGAUCACCUCCUCUUUGUAUGUGAAUUCUCUGCAGGAAUCUGGUCUCCUUUUAUGGGAAAUCUAUGGCCGAAUCCACCAUCAUCAUUGCAAGCAGUUGUGGCAAUUUUGGAAACAAACACCAAUCGGCUUGCACCGCAUCUUCGUUCCAUUCUUAAGCUCGUAUGCCAAGUCACCAUCUUUCUCAUUUGGAAGGAACGGAAUUCUGUGCCGUGAAUAGGAUGGUGCGUGAUCGAUUGCUUUCUUUUCCACCGUCAAGCAUCUCCUCCCCUUCUCUUCUCCAGCUCUACUUCCAGCAUUUAGGGUCCAUUAGCUAACGUUUGUAAUUUUUUAUCUCUCUCGCUUUGUAAUUACUAUUAUCUCUUUCGAAAUA